UUAUUUAUUGGGAAUAAAUAGAAAGAGAAAUUGAGGAAGACCGAAUUCCCCUUUCGUCCCAAAGCAAAACCCCAGCUCAAGCAACCGCGAGGUAGAAAUUGGAGCGAAAUGGACGUGAUAAAAUCACAGCAGAUUUCGGCGCGGCCGAUCGACAAGGUGGUGGUGCACCCGCUGGUGCUGCUCAGCAUCGUCGAUCACUACAAUCGGGUGGCGCGUGACACCAGGAAGCGCGUCGUCGGUGUUCUACUCGGGAGCUCGUAUAAGGGCACCGUUGACGUCACCAACAGCUACGCCGUUCCUUUUGAAGAAGAUGACAGGGACCCUAGCAUUUGGUUUCUUGAUCAUAAUUACCAUGAAUCAAUGUUUUCCAUGUUCAGAAGAAUAAAUGCCAAGGAGCAUGUUGUUGGUUGGUAUAGCACUGGCCCAAAACUGAAGGAGAAUGACCUAAAUAUUCAUGGUCUUUUCAAUGACUAUGUUCCCACUCCUGUACUGGUGAUCAUUGAUGUUCAGCCGAAAGAGCUUGGGAUACCUACAAAAGCAUAUUAUGCUGUUGAGGAAGUUAAAGAGAAUGCCACUCAGAAAAGCCAAAAAGUCUUCGUUCAUGUUCCUUCAGAAAUCGCUGCCCAUGAAGUUGAAGAAAUUGGAGUGGAACACUUGUUAAGAGAUGUGAAAGACACAACUAUCAGCACCCUUGCUACAGAGGUGACUGGAAAACUUGCUGCUUUGAAGGGUUUGGAUGCACGACUGAAAGAGAUUCGAAGUUAUCUUGAUCUGGUUAUUGAAGGGAAGCUCCCUUUGAACCAUGAAAUCCUCUACCAUCUUCAGGAUGUAUUCAACCUUCUCCCCAACCUAAACGUGUCUGAACUAGUAAAGGCUUUUGCAGUGAAAACGAAUGACAUGAUGCUGGUCAUAUAUCUGUCAUCGCUUAUCAGAAGUGUGAUUGCUCUCCACAAUUUAAUAAACAAUAAGGUAAGAUGUUCUUCACAUGUCUUGUUUUAUUAUGAUGCAGUUUUAACCUUGUUAACAAUGAAUAGACUAUCAGAUUUCUCUGAACUUCUAAACGUAUACUUGACCAUAGUGAUUUUUUCUGUGAUAGCGUACCGUACAAAGUUAAAGCAUGUAUUGAGAUAUUAUUUAGAAGUAAACUUUCUGAAAAUAUUUAGGGCCCAUACUUCUUUUCGUCUAUGCUAUUAAAUGUAUCAUUAUAACAACACCUGCUCCUUUAUGUAGGAACUAUUAUGCGUUAGGCAAAUUCACUAAAACGAAUAGUUGAGAAAAUACCACGGUUACGUAUAUGUUAUUCUAUGAAUCAACGAGCCACAUGAAAGUUUGUUUUAGCUAUGUUCCUGAGCUGCUGAAACAGGCACAGAUAGGCUUGUGGCUUGAAAUACUUUGUUCUUUGUUGGUGACAUUUUGGAAAACUUAUUGCAGAUGCUUAACAAAGAACAUGAAAAGGCGGAAGACUCGAAGCCAGUUGCUGUGCCUACUGCUGCUGGUAGCUGAAGAUGGAGAUCUCUUUUGGGGAGUUUGCUUUUGCGUGAUUUUCGAUUCCUGGAUACUUGGAGAUCUCAGACACAUUUUGCCAACGGGAAGCGUCCUCUCAAGUUCGAGCUAGUCUUCAAUAUUCGUAUUUGGUUUCUGCCUCAAUAUUGCGUGAAUUUUGAAAAUCCAGAGUCGUCUAGAUUCGUAACAAUAUUCGUAUAGUCUCUCUCUCUCUCUCUUACCACCCUUACUUUAUAUGUACUAAGAUAGUAAUUAGUUCUCUUUUAGCAAACCAUUUGGUUGAACCAUUGAUGCACCUUAACAAAAGGAAUGUCGCGUUUUUUAUUUUUUAUUUUUGCUCUAGGAAUGACUGAACAUGUCAGUUUUAAGAGCUUAAGUAAUUCAUUUUGUUAUGGUAA